AUGGGCACUUGUGACAGCACCAUGGGACUGCGAAACACUCUCAUUGUGAUGGCGCUCCUGCUCUCUGGUGCUGCUUCCUUGAAAAGUCAUGCCUUCUUCAACGAGACUGGAGAACUGCCAUGCCACUUUCCAAACACUCAAAACCUCAGCCUGGACGAACUGGUGAUAUUUUGGCAGGAUCAGAAUAAGUUGGUUCUCUAUGAGCUAUUCAAAGGCCAAGAGAAGCCAAAUAAUGUUCAUCCCAAGUAUAUAGGCCGCACAAGCUUUGACCAGGACAGUUGGACCUUGCGACUCCACAACGUUCAAAUCAAAGACACAGGCUCGUAUCAAUGUUUCAUCCAUCAUAAAAGGUCCCAAGGACUGAUUUCCAUCCACCAGAUGAGUUCUGACCUGAUAGUGUUGGCUAACUUCAGUCAACCAGAAAUAUUUUUAAUUGCUAACCAAACAGAAAAGCCUAACAUCAUCAAUUUGACCUGCUCAUCUAUGCAAGGUUACCCAGAACCUCAGGGGAUGUAUGUGAAUCUAACAACUAAAAAUUCAACUAUCACCUAUGAUGCUGUCAUGAAGAAAUAUCAAAAUAAUAUCACAGAAUUAUACAAUGUUUCUAUCAGCGUGUCUUUUCCCAUCCCUCCUGAAACAAAUGUGAGCAUCAUCUGUGUCCUGCAACUUGAGCCAAGGAAGAUAAUUUUAUCCCUACCUUGCAAUAUAGAUGCAAAGUCACCUGUGCCAAGCCCCCCUGUCCCAGACCACAUCCUCUGGAUUGCGGCUGUACUUGUAACAGUGGUCAUUGUGUGUGGGAUGGUGUUUCUAACACUAAAGAAAAGGAAGAAGCAGCAGCCUGGCCCCUCUAAUGAAUGUGAAAUCAUCAAAGUGGAGGGGAAAGAGAAUGAACAGACUGAGAAAAGAGUAGAACUCCAAGAACCUGACAGAUCUGAUGAAGUCCAAUGUGCUGUUAACAUUUCAAAGACAGCCUCAGGCAACAAAAGUGCUACAGAUUUUUAA